ACUCGUAAAAAAGUGAAAUGAAAAUUUUGAGUUAUUUGUCAUGGGAUUGAUUCCUUAUUUCCCUAUUCUUUUUUCUUCUUUGAGAUAAAUCAAACCAUAUGGAGCGAUCAUAAAGUUGGGCACGAAAUUAUACGGAAUAGAGAAAACGAUGAAGAAAGCUCCUGAAAAUGGAGGAGCUGAUCAGAAGGAGGAAGCAGCUAAAAAUGGCAGAAUUAAAAAGCUUGGGGGCAUUAAAACAAUGCCAUUCAUUCUUGCUAAUGAAAUAUGCGACAGAUUUGCUGGUGUUGGUUUUCAUGCCAACAUGAUUACGUACCUCACACAAGUGCUAAAUUUGCCCCUUGUGAAGGCAUCUAAUACACUUACCAACUUCGGUGGGACGUCAAGUUUCAUGCCACUCAUUGGUGCUCUCAUCGCCGAUUCUUUUGCGGGACGAUUUUGGACCAUCAUUGUUGGGUCUAUCAUUUAUGAGAUGGGAAUGAUAAGCAUCACUAUCUCAGCCAUCAUGCCACAACUCCGUCCUCCACCAUGCCCCACUCAGAAGGACUGCCAUGAAGCUUCACACAAUCAGCUUUGGGUCCUCUAUAUUUGUCUACUACUGACAUCUAUUGGUGCUGGAGGCAUUCGGCCUUGUGUUAUAACUUUUGCAGCUGAUCAGAUUGACAUGUCAAAGACAAAAGUAGAGGGUCGAAAAUGGAAUUUCUACAAUUGGUACUAUUUUUGCAUGGGGUUGGCCACACUAACAGCUCUUACCGUCAUUGUUUAUAUCCAAGAUAAUGUGAGUUGGGCUUGGGGUCUCGGGCUUCCAACCAUUGCUAUGGGAUUAUCGGUUAUUGUUUUCAUUUUAGGAUCCCCUCUUUAUAGAAAAGUAAAACCCGGAGGUAGUCCACUGGUAAGAUUGGCACAGGUGAUUGUUGCAUCUGUUAGGAAGAGAAAUGCUGUCAUGCCUGCUGAUUCAGGUCUCCUGUAUGAGAAUAAACAACUUGAUGCUGCAAUCUCACCCAAUGGGAGACUUCUGCAUACCGAUCAGUUCAAGUGUAUUGACCGAGCAUCUGUAGUAACAGAUUCUGACAUGAAUGAACAUAACGAGCCAAACCCGUGGAGGCUUUCCACUGUUCAUAGGGUGGAGGAACUGAAGUGCAUCCUCAGAAUGUUACCCGUUUGGGCAGCUGGCAUAUUACUCAUCACCUCAUAUUCACAUAUUGGCAGCUUUACCAUCCAACAAGCACGCAGUAUGGAUCGCCACCUCUCCCACUCAUUCCAAAUCCCUCCAGCCAGCAUGUCUGUCUUCACUAUCUUAACUGUCCUUAUAGGACUUGCUCUAUAUGAGCGCGUUUUUGUACCUUAUAUUCGUAGGUUCACCAAGAACCCCUCAGGCAUCACAUGCCUCCAGAGAAUGGGCGUAGGCUUUGCAGUUAACAUCCUUGCCACCAUUGUUUCAGCCCUUGUUGAGAUAAAACGCAAAGCAGCAGCCAAACAACACAAUCUUCUCGAUCAACCUACUGCCGUAAUACCCAUAAGUGUCUUUUGGUUAGUUCCUCAAUAUUGCCUGCAUGGGAUAGCAGAGGUUUUCAUGUCGGUCGGUCAUCUUGAGUUUCUGAUUGAGCAAUCCCCAGAAAGCAUGAGAAGCACUGCAGCUGCACUCAAUUCUUUGACUUUUGCAUUGGGAAAUUACAUGGGUACUCUUGUGGUGUCUCUAGUGCACAACUACACUGGCACAGAAGCGAAUUGGCUUCCAGACCGAAAUCUAAAUAGGGGGAGAUUGGAAAACUUCUAUUGGCUCAUAACAGGAAUACAAGUACUCAAUCUUGUGUACUAUAUCACAUGUGCUAUGUUUUAUAGAUAUAAACCUCUGGGAGAAGACGUUGGUUGUGACGAAGGAGAUGUGGAGUUAGCUAAGGAUAAAGUUGUAUCUGCUAAUAGUCAUGACAAAGAAGUAGAACUAUUAGGCAAUGGUAAAUUUUAGUCAUUUGCAGGAUUGCAGAGAUGUGGGUAACAUAUGUCAUAUUUUGUAGGUAUAAGUGAGAAGGAACUGAUAUGCUUGUGAACUAUAUGUGAGAGAACAAACAUACCCCCCUUUCUUUUUGUAAAAUUAAACACAAAUCGCAAAGUUGGAAGAAGCAUGCUCUUUGAUAUAUAGUUCAAAGAUAUAUUUGUUCCAAUUUUAUAAUUUUGUUUUCAAAUGUCCCCAAAAUAAGAUGAGAGGUAUUCAUGAUGUCUCGCUUAUAAUUUAUGGCUAUAUUUGUUCCUUCUCUCUUUUAUAUAUAGUAUAAAAUAUAGAAUAUCAAAAAGAAAUAUGUCAAUGUGGUUGUAUAUAUUUUCAAGCAGUUUUGGGCUCUUUCUCUUUUUAAACCUAUAACUGCAGAUUAAUAAACUAAUAAUCUUCUCCUAUUCUAAUGACCCACCACUGUCUCUUAUUAU